AUGUACACCUGCAAUGCCAAAACAACCAAGGCGAUGACCUGUUCCAAGAAUGAGGUGUGGACAGAAGUGAGGAUGACUCGUGAAAAUAAUUUAAUAGCGAUUGUUCUUUUGAGCAUUAACGAUAUAAAAGUACGUGUACUGGGUCGGAAAGGCAGUAUACUUUCAGCAACUCUUCUCCCAAUGAAGACAAUGGAUAUUUUGAAAGCUAUUGUGUUGAUCGCCAUCCUCAGCAAACUCUCGCGGGCUGAGCUUACCUAUGGACAAGCUGAAUGUCCCGAUAAGGAUGAUGCCGAGCAGAGUGAACGUCUAGUACAAACGUAUUUCCCUUUCGAAGGAGUCAAGUGGGAAGUACUUGAAACCAGAUACGCAGAAGAUGAUUCCGGGAACUUCAAUGUUCUGAUACGCGCAAACGGGGCGAAAUGUUACACAUUCAACAUAUUCCCCUAUGAGAUGGAAGAUAAGAAACGCAGAGUAAUGGAUAAAUUUCUUCCCACUUGUAAAACCGACCUGAAUUGUCCAGCAGAAUAA